AUGUCAUCACUUGCCAACUUCCGCAAUUUGGCCACAAAAAUCGUCUGUGUCGGCCGAAACUACAAAGACCACGCAUUGGAGUUGGGAAAUGCGAUUCCAAAGAAGCCGAUGCUUUUUGUGAAAACAGUAAAUUCGUUCAUCGUCGAAGGCGAACCGAUCGUCGCACCGCCCGGAUGUCAGAACUUGCAUCAGGAAGUGGAAUUGGGUGUUGUCAUUGGAAAGAAGGCAUCGAAAAUCUCGAAAUCCAACGCAAUGGACUACAUCGGCGGCUACACCGUCGCUCUCGACAUGACCGCCCGUGAUUUCCAGGACGAAGCGAAGAAAGCGGGCGCCCCAUGGUACCUCGCCAAAUCAUUCGACGGUUCUUGCCCAGUCGGUGGCUUCAUCCCAUCGUCAGAUCUCCAGAAUCCGCACGACGUCGAACUAUUCUGCAAAAUCAACGGAAAAGAUCAACAGAGAUGUCGGACGGACGUCAUGAUUUUCGAUAUUCCCACUUUGUUGGAAUACACGACACAAUUCUUCACACUGGAAGUUGGAGACGUCGUUUUGACUGGAACACCUGCUGGAGUGACGAAGAUUAAGAGUGGAGAUGUCAUCGAAUUCGGUAUCACCGGGAAAAUCGAAUCGAAAUUUUUAGUUAAAUAA